ACGUCGGCGAGAAGAGAGCCUGUGAUUGGUCAGUCCGUAUCAGGAAGUGAUGAGCUGACUGUUGACAGCUCUCUUGCAAAGUAAGAUGGUGUAACUGUUAUCUAAUAAAAUAAUGGUGAGGCUCUGAUCCCUACGGCAGUUUGCUGCGCUCCGAACUUGUCUCGUCCCCUGUAACGUUCUGGGUGAAAGUUGACUUGCAGCCUGGCUGUCUGAGAUGGAUGGUGGCGAGGAGGUGCGAGUGGAAGCUGUCCCCUACUGCUGUUCCACCUGCGACGGAGGGGAGGUCGCCGGACGUAGCCUGGCUCGACGCAACAGGAAAACCCGCAGCCUGAGCACCUCCUCAGCAAGCACCUCCUCUGACUUCAGGAGGCCUCAGUCGCUUCAUGGACCAAGCCCUGUGACCACAUUUGGCCCGAAGGCAUGCAUGCUUCAAAAUCCACAUACAGUAAUGCACAUUCAGGACCCCGCCAGCCAGAGACUGACAUGGAACAAGCCACCAAAAAGUGUCCUUGUCAUCAAGAAGAUACAAGAUGCCAGUCUGCUUCAGCCUUUCAAAGAGCUCUGCAAGUUCCUCACCGAGGUGAAAGACAUGAUUGUUUAUGUGGAAAAGAAAGUUCUGGAGGACCCAGCCAUUUUAGACGAUGAAAACUUUGGAGCCAUUACUAAGAAAUUCUGCACUUUCAGAGACGAUCUUGAUGACAUCUCCAAUCGCGUAGACUUCAUCAUCUGUCUUGGCGGAGAUGGAACUUUGCUGUAUGCGUCUUCGCUCUUCCAGGAGAGUGUUCCACCAGUUAUGGCCUUCCACUUGGGCUCCCUGGGUUUCCUGACACCCUUCAAAUUUGACACCUACCAGUCUCAGGUCACCCAAAUUAUUGAAGGUAAUGCUGCCAUUGUCCUGCGAAGCCGCUUGAAAGUUCGGGUGCUUAAAGAGAACUGGGAGAAGAAGGCCAGAGUGGAUGAAAAGGGCAUCAUCCUGACUAAUGGGGACAACGAAAGCAGCCGGAAAGCCGUGCAAUAUCAGGUACUGAACGAGGUGGUGGUGGACAGAGGGCCAUCCUCCUAUCUCUCCAAUGUCGACCUCUUCCUGGAUGGACACCUCAUUACCACAGUGCAGGGAGACGGUGUGAUAGUAUCUACACCUACAGGAAGUACAGCGUAUGCCGUGGCAGCAGGAGCUUCCAUGAUCCAUCCCAACGUCCCAGCCAUCAUGAUCACCCCCAUCUGCCCACACUCGCUCUCCUUCAGACCCAUCGUGGUGCCUGCCGGGGUGGAGCUCAAGAUAAUGCUGUCAUGUGAUGCCAGAAACACAGCCUGGGUGUCAUUUGAUGGAAGAAAGAGACAGGAGAUCUGUCACGGAGACAGUAUUACCAUCACUACUUCCUGCUUUCCCGUUCCCUCCAUCUGUUUCCGGGACCCAGUCAAUGACUGGUUCGAGAGCCUGGCCCAGUGUUUACACUGGAACGUGAGGAAGAAGCAGAACUACCUCAGCUCAGAGGACGAGGAGUUCUGAAGCAUCUUUAAAGUCUCCUCAGAAGUCUCAAGGACUCCUUCCUCUUGGUUAUGGCUUGACCAUGCUUCUGUGCCAUUUUGUCUUUGACGGAUAAAAGACAAAACGGUUUAGGUUUCGGCAAACUCCAUUCAAAAACAUCUGUCAUAUUAAUGUUGCCCUUCAUAUAUUAUGUUCCAAGUAUUGGGCCGAACAGCUCUUUUGCUGGAAUAAAUGUGUGGAAAUAAGAGGCGAACUAUAAAAAAAAAAACAACAGGAGACAGUUAGCUCUAGAGUCUGGUGAGAGGCUGGAAGCAUGUUAUUGGCUGAAAGGUGAGGAGGCGGAGACUGGUGACAACUCAACACUUAAAUAGUUACAGUUUAAAGUAAUUUAGAAAUCUGCUAAUAUGACAUAAAGACAGGCUUUAGACACUAACUCGUUUUAAAAUAAAAAUUGUAUAAUUAAAAAAAAUUAAACUAUUACAUUUGAAAAUUAUGAAGUAACAUUUCAUAAAAAUUAGUUUAGCUUUAAUAAUUCACACUGAGGUUCCAUAGAAAACAAGUCUGAAUGUUGAGCCUAAUCAAACUCACUGAUGCUACUCAGAGAACGGGGGUUACACAAGUAACAUAACUCAUUUGUAUGUCAGAGGUACGCAGCAUUAAUAAGGAGUCUGUAGAACACCCAGAAGAUAUUAUAUCAUGUUCUAAUGUGUAUGCACGUUAAAAUGGUGGACUUUGAAUGGAGUUUGGCCCCACUAUUGGUCCAGGACUGUGUGCUUUCCUUCUGUAUGCUGUGUAAACUGGCUAUUUGAAGUCAAAAAGCAGUUUGUAGAGAAAGUAAUCAGAAGGAAAAGGCAAGGCUUGGGAUGAACUUGGACUACAACUCUGAAGGUCAGUUGAAGAUAGCAGUUAUUGCAAUACUCUUUGAUGGUCUGUUUGAGCACUUUUAAGUCUUUAAGACGGAUGGCAGGGACACAUCUACUUCUUUUAUAAACAACAAAAAGCAAGUUCUUUCAGUAGCGGUAAAGGAUCAGUUGGAAUUAUCUGGACGAUUUAAAAAUAUAUAUAUAUCUGUUAAGUCAAACUUUUAAUUCUGUUUAUCAAAUCAGGAAAAACUGAUGUAAUGUCACGAAUGCAUGACAAAUGUUGUCUUACGCAAUUUUUAGGUGCACCCUGGGGAAGAGCACAUUUACAGUACAUCUACUUGGCAAUAGUGGCCCAACUAUACAGACUGUGCCUUAAACACUGGUAUCAUUAAUGUAUAGAAACGUUAUUUUUCAAGGUUUACAUCACGGUGAUGAUGUAAUCACACACUUGCACAGAUGUGUGAUUUGUGCAUUUUCAUUGUAACCACAUGUUGACUGUUGUCUUUGCUGUCUGCAGUGCAUGACACUUGACUAAUUGAGUAAUGCAGAAUGUGUCACAGUCUCUGUUCUGCAGUCAUGUAGUCGGCGCAUUGGAUGACAUGUCAAGAAUGCGAGGAGGUGAUAUUCAAAGAGACCACAGUUCAAAUGUCUUCAGUGUCUUUUUAUUGUUUGUUUUUUUAAAUGUUGUCUAAGCCAUAGCUGAACCCUGUGUAGGUUUAAUAGACCAAUAUCUGUGGGCUGUGGGUGAUUUAAUGCUCUGUGUAGGGUGAGGAAUUGAAUUUUUCAGACUUGUCAGUUUUCUACAAGUUUGCCACUGCACAGUCUUGCUGAAUGUGGCCUUCCUUGCAUAAAUGGUCAGAUAAUGUCUAGAUGUUAUAUACAUUAUGAAUUGGUUUAAUAAAUUGUGUCAGGGUGAAAACAUGAAUGGUGGUGUACUGAAGUGGACCAACUAAGCUCCAAAAGGCAAUCAUUCCUUUAUUGAGUAUGUGUGUGUGUGUAUAUGUGAUGCUUGAAUAAGAUGUAUUUUGUAAAGUAUAUGUUUAUUAACCCGUUUACAAUGUAUCAUUGCUGAAAAUAAAUCUAUUUGAUACUUUUUUACAUUAA